UCUCUAUCAAGCCAGACUGCCCCGCAGCUGGGUUCUCAUGCGAUCAAAGCGGCCCUUAACAAAGCCGAUGGUAUCAACCCAUCAGAUGUCCAGGAAGUAUUCUUCGGAAACGUCCUCUCCGCAAAUGUUGGCCAGAAUCCCGCUAGACAGUGUGCUCUCGGGGCCGGACUUGAAGAGUCUACGGUGUGUACCACGGUCAACAAGGUUUGCGCAUCUGGUCUGAAGGCAGUCAUUCUUGGAGCCCAAACAAUCAUGACUGGUAACGCGGAUGUUGUUGUGGCCGGUGGCGCCGAGUCCAUGUCGAACGCCCCACACUAUCUCCCAAAUCUCCGCACUGGGGCCAAAUAUGGCCAUCAAAGCUUGGUGGAUGGCAUCAUGAAAGACGGCCUGACCGAUGCAGGCAAGCAGGAACUUAUGGGUUUGCAAGCCGAAGAGUGUGCAGAAGACCACGAUUUGAGCCGGGAACAGCAGGACAACUAUGCUAUCCGGACCUACGAAAAAGCUCAGGCUGCACAGAAAGCCGGUCUUUUCGAUGACGAGAUCGCACCUAUUGAAUUGCCUGGAUUCAGGGGCAAGCCGGGUGUGACGGUGUCUCAGGACGAGGAGCCGAAGAAUCUCAAUCCUGAUAAGCUUCGGGCUAUCAAGCCUGCUUUCAUUCCUGGGUCGGGAACUGUGACAGCCCCUAAUUCUUCCCCUUUGAAUGACGGGGCUGCGGCUAUCGUUCUGGUUUCCGAAGCAAAGGUUAAAGAGCUUAACCUCAAACCCGUUGCUAAAAUCCUUGGAUGGGGAGAUGCUGCUCACCAGCCUAGUAAAUUCACUACUGCGCCGGCUCUCGCAAUUCCCAAGGCACUUAAACAUGCAGGUAUUGCCCAGGAUGCUGUGGAUGCAUUUGAAAUCAAUGAGGCGUUCAGCGUGGUUGCUCUGGCCAACAUGAAAUUGCUCAACAUCCCCGAAGAGAAGGUCAACAUUCAUGGCGGUGCUGUUGCUAUCGGUCAUCCGAUCGGUGCCAGCGGUGCCCGUAUUUUGACUACCCUGCUUGGUGUUCUUAAAGCUCGGAACGGCAAAAUCGGUUGUGUGGGAAUUUGCAAUGGAGGUGGUGGCGCGAGCGCCAUGGUUGUGGAAUCUCUUGUCUAACGUUUGGAAGCGCAAUUCCGGUGAGUCACUUGAGCUCAUGGCCAUUUUUGUUUCAAAGAAGACCGACGAGUCCCCCACGAGCGGUCUGAUAACAAUUUAUUCUCGCGUCAAAUGUUGGACUGAAGAUGCUAGGCGUCAUAUAGCACCGUGUCUUUCCCAGGAAACCAAUCUUUAACCAUUUCUUCAUGA